AAGAAUUGAAAAAGAGUUCUUUCAAAAAAUGGACGAUGCAGAAAACAAUCUCAACAAAGAGGUAAUCAACACUCUGUUCUGUCUUCUAUUUGAUUGUGUGAUAUGUUUAGGAAGAGGUUGAGUUGAGCUAUGCUAGAUGUCCAUGUUAUAGCAGUUCUAUAUGAAGUUUCUAACUAUAUUGUUACAUUGGCAGCACAUAAAUGUUGCAUUUGAAAUGCUAAAUUGUAAGAGGGUUGAGCAAGGUGCUUGGUUCCGCAACAACAAUCUUCCACCAGCAUGCUUUGUACCAGUCAAAUUCUUAGAAGUGGUUGGGUACGCUUAUGAAUCUGUCAGGAAGCCACAUAAGAAAAAAAAAAGUUAUUGGAGGGCUGUGUAGGCGAACUUGUGAAAGGUUUAAUACAUCCAAAGAAGGUAUGGCUGGAAGAUGUUGAUGUUAUAUAUGGUGUCAUUGAAGAUAAGUUGAGCUGUCACUAUAUUGGGGUGGAGAUACAAUUGAUGGACAACACAAUCACACUCUUCCAUUGUGGUCUUCCAAAAGCAAAUAUCAAACGUGCUCUUAAUCAAAUCCAAGAACUGGCAGUGUUGAUUAGUGCCAUAAAGAUGGAACUUCUUGGUGAAGAGGUUAAUUUCGAAGAUAUCAGUCCAUUUGAAGUUAAGUUUGCAGAAGGGCUUCCAAAGACAAAAUUUCCAUACAACUGUGGUAUUUUUGUUGUGAAGAUGCUGGAAUGCAGGUCACUGGGAUUGAAGAGCAUGGCUAAUAUAAAUGAUGAAACUGCGAUGGACUUACGAAGCAAGCUAUGUUGUGAGAUCUUCGACCAGUUUAUGGAUAAAGAUUUCCAGGAAGGUCAAAGGAAGUGAAAAUGUCAUAUUUGUUCUGUUUUCUACACUGUUUUUCUACUUUGAUAUUAAUUAUCCCUAACGUUUAAGUUUAAGUUUGUAAUGAAUUAUCCCUAACGUUUUUUUCAUUUAGAUUGUUAUUGAAAAUUUU